AUGGCCAUCACCACACCGCAAUAUUCCCGGGAUGUGAUAACUGAUCGCUGUGUCCCGGUGCGUGAUACAGAAGUGCUGGGGAUUCUGUUGAACAUUCCGGAGGGAGAGGGAGGGGAGGGGGGGAGAGGGUUAGAGGAGGUGGGGGGUUUGAGGGGGGGGGGGGGGGGGGGGCUGAGAGCAGGGACGUGGUGGAGACAGAGCGGGGCGGGCGCAGCUGUGGUUCUGAAUGAGGAGGACGGACUCUCCGCGCUCUGCUCGAGUCCAAUCGAUCCGAGCUUCGGGAGGAGCGGAUGGAGCGGGGCUAUCACUUGUGCAUCUCCUUCUAUCACUCCCGUUAUCCCCGCGACCGGACACGGCUGGACUGUGGCUGCGACUCUCCGCUGGGACUUAGGCACUUUUCAUCACUUUUCCUUCCCUCGGAGGUGA